AUUCUAGAAAUAUCGAGAGGGAGGUCACUUUUUUCCCAAACUCCAUGGACAUGCGCGUUCGCACUGUAUAACUUGAUUCUAUUCAAUUUUUUUUCCAAACCUCACUCUUGGGUGCGCAGAGAGAUAAGCUUUGAAAAAACAGUUUCAUCCAGGUGCUUGGUCCUAUAACAUGUGGAAAAUCAUGAGGGAAAAUUUGGAGGAUUUGACUAGCCCCAACUUAUGGAGAGCUGCUGCCGCAGAGCUUCUGGGAACUUUGUUCCUGGUCUUUUUCGGGUGUGCAACCGCCACAAAGCAGCAAAAUAUAUCAGGCAAUCCAGCAGACUACGUGCAAAUAGCCCUUACUUUUGGACUGAUCGUGGGAACAAUGGUAUGGGGCAUCGCCCAUGUUAGUGGAGGGCACAUUAACCCCGCCGUAACGUUAGCAGCCCUUGUUACAAGGCGUGUGAGCAUUGUCCGGGCUCUGAUGUAUAUUGUGUCCCAGCUUAUUGGAGCUAUUGUUGGAGCAGCAAUUCUCUUCGGAAUAACUCCUUCCAAUACCCGGGCUGGGCUAGGCGUUAACGCAAUGAACGGAGAAGUAACCGAAGCCCAAGGUUUCGGGGUGGAGGUGAUGAUCACGUUUGUCUUAGUGUUUACUGUCCUGGCAUCAAUCGAUGAGAAGCGAACUGACCUCCGAGGAUCCGCCCCUCUGUCUAUUGGCCUGGCAGUCGUCGUUGGACAUUUGGUAGCCAUCGCCUAUACCGGAUGUAGCAUGAAUCCGGCCAGAAGUUUUGGACCCGCUGUCAUUCAAAAUGCCUGGGACGCUCAUUGGGUAUUUUGGAUUGGUCCAUUUGUCGGCAGUUUUGUCGCUGCUCUUCUAUAUGAAUAUAUUUUUUCUGCUGGAGCUACUUUUGGAAGAACUAAGCGAUGCCUAACCAGAAGCAGAGCGCGACCGGAAGCGGAAAAGGCUGAGGAACUGGAAAAAGUAGAAAUCGGCGAAAUCGAAGAAAAGAAGGAACCGGAAUCAGAAGAAGAUCAGCUUCUUAUCGAGAAACAAGCGCCAACUGAAUAACCAGGGUGAUAAGACGCUUCCUGGCCAUCAUUAAAGUCUAGAGAAUCUUGAAGGUAUCAAUUUAACCACACAACAAGCAUUUGAUUGAAUACUUUCUAAAAAUACAAUGCUGCUAUUCUUUUACUGUUUUCAGAUUCAAAUUAGUCUGACAGUUAAUGUAUGUUAUUAACAAUUGUGCAGCAAGUUUUGACAUGUCCUCAGUGACAUUUGUAAAUGAUGAGUGAGAUUGUAAACAUGCGUGUACUUUAGGUGUAAGAGAAAUACAUGUGACAUAUUCAGUUUUGGUACAUCAUAACUCAAACUUUUAUUCGAAGUCGAUUUUUAUAAAUCAUAUUCACACAUGCAUGUAUCCGUCUAUUAAUGAAAUAAAUCAUUUGUAACACUUAUAGGGAAAAUACCGAAUGCAAGACCGUACGAAUGAUUUACUGACAUUUUCACGCCACAUCAAGAGCGAGAGAGCAUUAAAUAUUAGCUUGAAAUAGCACAUAUAAAAUGCCAUUUUGUUAAAUCCUUUGACAUCAAUUAUUGUAAAUUAUUUUUCCUACAUUGCCAUGUGUACAAUAUAUCAUUGUGACUUGGACUGAGAGAUGCGCCAAUUUGGGGUGUUUACAAAUAUUGCAGGAUCAUAUUUCUGUAUAGCUUUAGAUCUUUAUAUUUGUGACUAUUUAUGUAGUUUUAAUUUAACUUGUAGUAGAUUGAUUAUUUUACCACUAUAGCAAUAUUGUAAUAUAUUUACAGGAUAUUGAAAUAAAUUAUGAAUAUUA